CUCAGACAUCACAUAGCUGUGGAACACAAUAAUAAAUAAACAGUGUAAUAAAGGGGUAUUGAUAAAUAAACGUCGACAAUUGACGCACAAGGCUUUUACGCGCGGGGUUAUUUUAUAUUACAAAAACACAAUACUGGAAUCUACCACCCGAAUACACAUAUCAUAGUGAGUGUGCAUGCGAGAUACAGAACAUAUCGAACACGCGUAGUUGGUCUGAAUUCUAGGGUAGCUGAGUAUGAGUCAACCGUUCUACGGAGGUGCCAGUUAUCAAACUGCCGCCAAUGUAGAUCCAAACCGCAACACUUUGCCUUCAGGUGGCUAUAACCCGCAACAAAACGGCUAUGGUCAGCCGGGACAGGCACCAGGGCAAUCACAGCAACAGUACGGACAGCCCGGCCAAGGCCAAGGCAUGCCACCGCAACAACAGCAUCAGCAGCAGCCACCACAACAAGGCUAUGGCCAGCCUCCCGCGCGAGGUUCAGCCGCCUCACAGGGCUCUAUGAGUGGUCAGGGUCACCAGUCGUAUGCACAGCCAGGCAUGCAACAACAGCAGCCUCAGCAGCCAGGCACGCCGCAACAACCACCACAGCCGGGGCCUCCGCGACCACAACAAGGCCAGCAACCACCCGCUCAGACGCAGCAGCAGCAAAUGCCACCGUCACAAGCACAGGCACCGGCACACCACUCUAAUAGUACGCAUAGACGCUACCCUGAACUACAACAACAGCAGCAGCAACAACAACAGGGUAUGGGCGGAUCUAUGGGACAACCUGGCAUACAGCAAGCUGGUAUGGAACAGCCUGGUAUGCAGCAACCGGGUAUGGGACAACCGGGUAUGCAGCAACUGAGUAUGCAACAACCGGGUAUGCAACAGCCGGGUAUGCAACAGCCGGGUAUGCAACAACCGGGUAUGGGACAAUCGGGUGCGAACCCCACGGGCAUGAGCCAGCCGGGCAUGAAACCGCCCAGCAUGAGCCAACCAGGCAUGCCAGGUAUGGGACAACAGACCAUGCAACAACCAGGUGCGGGACAGCAAGGGAUGGGGAUGCAGCAGCCGGGUAUGGGGCAACAAGGGAUGCAGCAGCCGGGUAUGGGACAAGCAGGCCAACAACAGCAAUACGGCCAACAACAACCGUACGGACAAUCAGCCAGCAGACAGCAAUCGUACUCACAAGGACAACCGGGGCAGAUGCCGUAUGGACAACAGCCACAGUUCGGCGCUCAGAACUCGCAACCCUACGGAAAUCAGAGGGCCAAAAAGCCUGCAUCUAAGAUCGACCCAGACCAAAUCCCAUCGCCUGUGACUGUGAUGGCCAAUGAUCAGAAGAACUACGACGGCGAGGCUGCCCGAUACGGCACCUUGCAGAAGCCCGCCCCACCCCUGGCAUCUACUAACUUCGUUGCUAUCGACGAAGGUAAUUGCACACCACGCUUCCUGCGCAUGACCUGCAACAGCAUCCCCAACACCGAGGAGCUCAGCAAAACGUCGCGUCUGCCGUUGGUAGCAGUGGUGCAGCCAUUGGCUGAAGUGUUGCCUGGCGAACUACCCACCCCGCUGGUGGAUAUGGGUACUGACGGGCCCAUUCGAUGCAGACGUUGCCACGCGUACAUCAACCCCUUUGUGCAGUUUGUUGACGGCGGUCGGCGGUACAACUGCAAUCUGUGCUCAUUCACAAACGAGGUGUCGCAGAACUACUUCUGCAAUCUGGACCACACGGGCAGGCGUAUGGAUAUACACAGUCGCCAAGAGCUUCUGCAUGGCACGGUGGACUUUGCCUGCACAUCGCAGUACUACAACCGCAAGCCGCACGCGGCCCAGUAUGUGUUUGCCAUUGACGUGUCGUACGCAGCCGUGCAGAGUGGCAUGGUAUCUGCGGCGACCUGGACGAUCAAGAACAUGCUGGAUCACUUCCCUAAGCCCGAGGGGGCCGAGAAAUCUCCCAUUAAGUGUGGUAUUGUGACCUACGAUAAGACUGUGCACUUCUACGAUCUGAGGGCGGGUCUGUCCCAGCCACAGAUGCUGGUGGUGGCCGACACUUCGGAGGUGUUCGUACCGUUGUCGCAGGGCUUGGCUGUGGAUGUGCAUGAGAGUCGCGAUGUUAUCGUACAGCUACUUGACAAUCUGCCGCGCAUGUACGCCAACAACCGUGAGACUGAGGCCAGGCUGUACGAUACCGUCAAGGCGGUGAGAGAGGGUCUCGCUCCUACGGGAGGAAGAAUCUUUGCCUUCCAAAUGAACAAGCCCAGCGGAGAGGGGCCGUCUGUCGUGGUGGACCGAUUUGACAGCAAGGCGAUUGGUACUGACAAGGAGCCUAAGCUGCUCAAGUCCGGCAAUGAGGCGUACACUGAAAUGGCCAAGGAGAUGGUGAAGGUGGGUGUGUCGUGCGAGUUGUUCCUGUUCCCCAAUGCCUUUGCUGAUGUAGCUACUCUGGGCGAAUUCUCUCACCUCACCGGGGGACACUGCUAUGUGUACCCGAAGUACAAUGCAGCCACCGAUGGCCACAAAUUCAGUGCGGAGCUGGGACGAGCGAUAUCUAGGCCUUUCGGCUACGAGGCGCUUAUGCGUGUGCGUGCGAGUGAGGGCUUGCGGGCCAUGCAGUACUACGGCAACUUUUACAUGCAGAACCACGUGGACAUGCAGCUGGCGGGUAUUGACAGUGACAAGAGUGUGCUGGUACGCGUGCACUAUGAUGGAGCCAUUCCUGCCGGGGCCACUAAUGCCUACCUACAGGUGGCCAUGCUGUACACCACCAUGUUUGGCGAACGUCGUGUGCGAUGCAUCAACUUCCAGAUGAAGGUGGUUAACCAGUUGAGUGAAGUGUUCCGCCACUCUGAGCUGGAUACUCUGCUGAACUUCUUCGCGCGCAAGGCAGCCCUGGACAUGCGAAAGAAGACGAUCAAGGCCAUCCGAGACAGCGUCAUUGAGAAAGCCAGCGAGGUCCUGUCAGUGUACCGAAAACACUGUGCAAGCACGUCGUCGCCAGGUCAGCUUAUCCUACCCGAGGCCCUCAAGCUGCUGCCGGUAUAUCUCGCCUCCUUACUAAAGACCGACCUGUUCCGGACUGGGGCUGAUAUGUCCAUUGACCGUCGUGCGGAGACUAUCCUGGAGGUGCUAUCCAUGCCUGUGCCCAUGUCGGUGUCCUUUGUCUACCCCCGCUUGCUGUGUGUGCAGGACAUCACUGAGGAUACGGAUUAUUCCGCACCCCUGCCAAAUAAGCGCGUGUCGUACGACCGACUGGAGAGCGAUAAGCAGUACAUAAUUGACAAUGGCCUGGUAAUGUAUCUCUGGAUCGGAACAAGCGCUUCACCGGAAUGGUGCCAAGCGGUAUUUGGAGUGUCGCAGGCCAACCAGAUAGACUGUCACAUGGCGGCGCUACCAGAUAUCGACACAACCGAAAGCCGAUCUUUGCGGAAACUGGUUGAGCACGUGCGCACCACACGCCAACGGUUCUUAAAGCUGCACGUGGUGAGGCAGAGAGACCCCAGUGAGAUCGGAUGGAACCUUCUCAUGGUGGAAGAUGCAGGCUUGGACACGAUGUCGUACGUCGACUUCCUGUGCUACAUGCACCGCCAAAUCCAGAACCAACUGUAGUUAACCCAAAGCCUUAGACCAAGGGAAUCGGAGACGGCCCAGCGUCCAACUGGCUCUGAUAACUGCGGCCAGGCUAUCCCUGACCCGCAUCAGUGGAGCGCGAGUCCUCGCACCGUCAUUCGCGAGUGUGCGUGUGCGGGAAGGUAUGUGCUGGGCCUUGUACGGUGUGCCUCUGAGCGUACCACUACCUACCGAAUGACGCGAACGCUGAUGUAGCGCAAUCUGUAUCUGUUAUCUCGCCAGCCCUGAUGUGAUGUUGACACGUUUGUGACACCCCGGAUCGCCUGGGGACAUCUAUUGGUAUUGACCGAGGAACAAGCCCUGAGCGCCCUCGAACGUCUGUAAAUAAAUAAAGACACGACCGCGUUUCUCACCAUGAAUUUCAUCUUACCACUCAUAGAGUGAGUAGCCAAGUUGGAGUGAGGGGACCGGCGAAUAUCACCCGUAGAACCCAGGUUAGAGCCGGGAGGAAGCUCAAUAAAAUAUACUGUGCACA